AUGCUCUCCAUCCCUCCGCCGAAGAACAUCACUAACGCCUUAUCCAGCUGCUUCACUUUGACGGCCAACGGCGGCCCAGGCGGUAGCAUCGGUCAGAUCGGCGACGGCCAAAACCGCAUCGGCGACACGACUCUGUCAUCGGCCACCUACUGCAUCGACGGCAAUGGCGGUACGUCGACCGACCAAUGCGACGCCGGUGCCGCACCCACGCCCGGCUUCUCCGUCGACUGCGCCGGCACCCUCCAGUACAAGAACUCGUCCACCUUCUGGAGUUGUCCGACGGGCGACAACGGCGGCUGGAACAUCUACACCGUCCCCGUCAAGGAUCAGCUCAAGUGCCUGCCCGUCACGCUUCAGGCUUCGGGGUGCAAUAGCGCUUGCCCGGCUCCUCCUCCACCGGCACCGUCCACGAAGUCUUGUCUGCCGUCGUCCACCUCUCCCUCCGCCACACCCACCUGCCCCCUGAACCUCAUCGGCACGAACUUCGAAUUCCCCCAUCUCAUCAUCCCGCUCGACCGCAACACCCCCAUCACACCCCUCGGCAACUCCCUCAACGGCACACUCGGCGGCACAAAGAGCAGCGCCUUCAACUUCGACAUCCCCGCCUCCGACGCUGGGUCGCAAUGCACGCUGGUCUUCCUCUUCCCCACUCAAUCCCAAAUGCAAACCUCGGCGUACACUUACACAAAUCCCAACGGUAACGGGACAGUGCAGUUUACACGGCUCGUGGCACCGGCGGCAAGGGAUUCGGCUUACUCGACUGUGCCCGGCACGGCGGAGUUGUAUCCGCCGGUGCAGAUUCGGCCGGGUGGGAAAUUUGAGAUUGCGCAGUUCCCUUGUCCGGCAGGGGAGACAAUUGGGCUUAGGAUGAGUCCGUAUGCGGGAGAUGUCGAGCUGGAGUAUUUCCAGGACUUCAAUCCCUGUCCAAUUGGGCUUUACAUCACUGUCUCUUAG